ACAGUUCAAGUUUGUUGCAUUGACGUGCUGGCUGCCUGCUUUGUAUUGAGGGGUGUCUGCAUCAAUAAAUUUCAGUAGUAUUUGGACACUGAGAUGCGUCCAUCCAUGAACAACAAGAUUUUUGAAUAGACUGUACCUAUCCCUGCCUGCAAGAAUGGAAAAGGCAUUUUUCAUUGUUCUAUUGGCAGGCUGUGCUCAUGGAUAUGCUACAACAAGUGCGCCGGAGAUCACCGUUCCGCCGGCUAGCACUGACGUGGAGCUGGGCUCUGAGCUCGUGCUCAACUGCUCCAGUCGCGGCGAGCCGGUGCCGCGCAUUUUGUGGAGGUUCCGCGCCGCCGACGCCGCUCACUACCGCGAGCUGGACGCCAAAGGCGAUAACCACGCGGUGGGCGAGGACGGUCGGCUGAGGGUGCACAAGGUCAGCCGCACGGACGAGGGCAGCUACCUGUGCCGCGUCUGGAACUCACUCGGGGAGAGGACAGCCACCGCUGACGUCAAGGUGCUCGUGCCCGUCACCGUGCUGAAGACGCACCCGAUGAAGAAGUCGGUGGCGAGUGGCGCCCUGGUGACUCUGGGUUGUGACCUGGGCGGGGAGCCCCUGCCCGCCGUCACCUGGCUCUUCCACGGCGACCCGCUCCCUACGCACCGCUGGCAGUCUGAGGUGGUGCAGGCGGCCACCUACCCGCCUCUGAAGCGGUUCGUCCGCUCGGAGCUGUUCGUCCGUCCGGCCGUCAGCAGUGAUUACGUGUGCCAGGGCUCCAACACGGUGCUGGGCACGCCGCGUAUCGCCGCCGAACAGGUGUCGGUCAGCGUUCUCGGAGCGCCGCGCACAGGGUACGGCGACUCGCCGCUGGGCUACUGCGCCACCUACGUGGGCAAGGUGUGCCGGCGCCACCUGAGCGCCGCGCCGUUCGUCUGGUACAACACCACGUACCGGGCGGACGGCGCCGGCGGCACGCUGGACAACGAGCACGCGGUGGCGCGCCAGCUGAGCCACCACGCGGCCGACCUGAGCGGCGUCUGCCGGCCGGCGCUGGAGAGCCUGCUCUGCAGCGUGGCGUUUCCGCAGUGCCGCCAGGCGGACGGCGCGCAGACGGCCCUGCCGCCCUGCCGCGAGGACUGCCUGGCCGUCAAACAACUCUUCUGCGCCAACGAGUGGUACCUGCUCGUCAGCGGACAGAAGCUGCCGGGCCACCUGGCUCUGCCCGACUGUGACCAGCUGCCACAGCACGGCGACGGCUCGGCCCACCGCUGCUCACACGCCGGCCUCACAGUGAUGCUCACCUCACAGGUUACCUACGACUGUGUGCGCGACCGGGGCCGGUUCUACCAGGGCCGAGUGAAUACCACGGCUGACGGUAUCCUGUGCCAGCGCUGGGACAGCGACUACCCCCACGACCACAGCGUGCCCGUCGACCUGUUCCCCGAGCUGUCGGGCGCCGAGAACUACUGCCGCAACGCCGGCGGAGAGGAACCGCAGCCGUGGUGUUUCACCACCGACCCGGACGUCCGCUGGGGGCCCUGUGAUAUACCCAAAUGUGCGGACAACAGCACGCUGUACGCGGACGACCCGGCGGCCUCGGCUGCAGCCAGCGGUCGGUCCCGCUCGGGCGGCCCGGCCGUCUCCGCCGCAGGGGACGGGGACGGCCCGACCCUGGCCGGGUUCCCCCUCCCGCUCGACCCCGUCUUCCUGCUGGUUCUGGCCAUCGCCGGAGUGACCGGUCUCAUCAUGACCGGGAUGGCCGUGUACGGAUGCUGCCACUGCCGCCGCGCCCGCCAGAGAGCGGCGCAGAGGAAGGAGGCGGAGGCGAUCGACCUGACCAAGCUGCCGGCCAACGCCAGCUACCACCAGCACGAGCCGCUGCUGCCCGCCAGCCUGGAGCCGUUGGAGUACGCGCGCAACGACAUCAUCUACGUGCGCGACCUGGGACAGGGCGCCUUCGGCAGGGUGUUCCAGGCUAAGGCGCCAGAUCUGGUGCAGGGUGAAGACUUCACCAUGGUGGCCGUCAAGAUGCUCAAAGAUGAGGCCACCGAGGACAUGGAGCGCGACUUUGAGCGCGAGGCGCGUCUGCUGGCCGGGUUCGAUCACCCUAACAUCGUCCGCCUGCUGGCAGUGUGCGCCGUCGGCAAACCCCUCUGUCUGCUCUUUGAGUUUAUGGAUCAGGGUGAUCUGAACGAGUACCUGCGUCAGGCGUCACCCAAGAACGUCAUCAUCAAACACGAGACGGGCGAGAUUUUCAGCGACUCGACUCUCAGCCACCUGGAUAUGACGGUGAUCGCCCAGCAGAUUGCCAGUGGCAUGCAGUACCUGGCCGAGCGCCAGUUCGUACACCGCGACCUCGCCUGCCGCAACUGCCUCAUCAACGAGGAGAUGAUCGUCAAAAUCGCCGACUUUGGCCUCUCGCAGAAGAUCUGCUCCAACUAUUUCCGCGGCGACGAGCACGACGCGAUCCCAGUGCGCUGGAUGCCUCUGGAGAGCAUCCUCUACAACAAGUACACGCUGCACUCUGACGUCUGGGCGUUCGGCGUGGUGCUCUGGGAGAUCUUCUCGUUCGCGCUGCAGCCCUACUUUGGCAUGACGCACGAGGAGGUGGUGCGCCACCUCAAGGACGGCCAGCGGCUGAAGCGGCCGGAGAACACGCCGCGCACCAUCCACCAGCUGAUGCGCGACUGCUGGGCGGCCGAGCCCACGCAGCGGCCCACGUUUGCCGCCAUCGUGCAGCGACUGCAGGAGUUCCAGGACCGGCUGGACCAGCAGAUGGGCGUGUACGGCUACACCACGGCGGCCAACAGCACAUACACGAGCCGCGCGCCGAGCAUCGGCAGCCCCUCGACCUCCAGCAGACGGUGAGCGGCGACUCGGCUCAGCGCAGGCUGAUUAGCUCAGCUCAGUUAGCUCAGCUCCUAGCUCCAUCAGGGUACGGGCGGAGGGACGUGGCAUAUCGCCAGUAUCAACUGCCCCCUCGGCUGCUAGCGGUUAGCGCUCUAGGUGACUAUUGUUUAGCGGGCUCGGACCCGCUGGCGCUUUGCGUCAACCAUCGAAAUAAUGCGAAACAGCGGUCAGUAUUCGAGAAUCGAUUCCGCUUCGUAUUACUUUAUACUUAUUGUACAUUCUCAAUCUAUACGAUCGACGAUCGCAUGAAAACUGUCGUCGUGUGUGAAGCUACUUUUAGCUCGCUAGGGUCGCUUGGAAAAACCGAGCAUCAGCUACGAAAUCAAUUCCGUAGAUUAUGCAUUUUGUUCGAAUUUAUUUACUUUGUAGGCGAAGUAAUUGUGGUGCUACGUAGAUGUUAUUUUGUGGCUGUUUUGUAUCGAGCGCUUUCGAGCUCUUUUUCAGGUAGCGUUGUAGAUCUGAGCUUACCUAAAAGACCAAUUUGAACACCUACCCAUGCCCUCAUUUUGGCCGAUUUCAGGCCACUUUGUAUCGUAUUUCAGCGUAAUUGUUAGACAAGUUCUUUCAGCUGUGGCUCGAUAUGGCAAGUUCUCGCGCCGCGCUGGUCACAAUGGGCUCAACAGGGUGUGGUCGCGGUCGGCUUUAGUGGUAGCGCCUUCGCGCGUCCCUAGCAUAAGAGAGGAUCGCGCGCGCGGUUCUGCCCCAUCGUGCGAACAUUUCGUUUUCGGCGGUGCGCCGUUUGUUUCCGUUGCCCGCCGGACGAGCGGGAACGGCCGGGUCUGAGUCAUAAUCUCUGUCGGGGUUCGUGACGUGACGGUGUGUGACGCGCCGUGACGGAUAGAUGUCUAGUCUGGUGCCGGCGGCCGGCGCCGGCCGCGGUCCGCACGGGUCAGUGGCGGCGGGCCGCGCGGCGCUCCCCGUGGUGGUAGUUUGUAGGCCAGCUGUGAGUGUGGUACGUGUCGUGACCCGGGGCGCGCCGUUCAGUCGGCGGCAGUCAUGUUCUUUUCGUCACCCUGCCCCUGUCACCCUGCCGCUGCUGUCAGUGUGUGCGGCGCUCCUACCGUUUUUACACUUUUGUAUCUGACCUGGCUUUGUACGUAUUCGCAAUAUUCUCGGUGCUUAUUGCCAGCCGUGCGUUGUGCGCGACCCUGCGACGGUCCCCGCUUGCCCCGUAGUUGUAACGACGGUCCGCCGGCGCCCGCCCGCGGUCCCUCUAGUCAAUGGCCGUCGUCAGGCGCGUCCCGUCGGUGUAGCUAGCUGUGUAGGAACCCGCCGAGCCCCGUACUCAUUCACCUUGUGAUAACUGCGCGCCAAAUAUACAUGCCGACUACGUUAUACGCGA